UUGUUACAGUAGUGGAUGAGAUCGAAAGUUAUAAAAACGCUAGCCGUACAUAUUUUCCCUAAGGACUAGCUCCACAGGCUUCCCUUUGAUUUGGCCUUCACGGCUGCAAAUCAACCAUACAUGCUCUUUGUACGGUCAGUCAUGUUUUAUUUUGGAUUCUCUAGCUAGACGCCAAAUAUGUAUAUAAUCUCUGGCAUGUAAUGUAAUAAAAAGACAGAUCCAGAGAAGAAAAAAACAGGGUCAUAACUCGAUCGAUCGGUAAACUCACAUCACAGCUCUCUCUCUCUCUCUAGGGAUUAAUUUGUACGUACCGUACGUUCUUUCUGAAAAAUGGCGCCUCGAGGAACCCUAGAAGUUCAACUUGUUGGUGCUAAGGAACUGAAAAAUAUGGACGUCGCGAUGAUGGAUCCUUAUUGUGUAAUCACCUACAAAGAUCAGCAGAAGAAGAGCGGCGUGGCACGCGGUCAGGGGUCUAUGCCAGACUGGAACGAAACUCUGCUAUUCACCAUUGCUGGUGCUGAAGAUGAUCUCGGGAUAAAAAUAUAUGACCAGGACAGUGGUUCCCUUGAUGAUUACGUAGGAGAAUUAAAAAUUCCGCUAGAUGCAAUAGUAACCGACACUGGUUGCGAGGGGAGAAUGCCACCAACGCCAUACGAGGUAAUGAGGCAUGACAAAGUCAAAGGAGAGAUUACCAUUGGCCUCUAUUUCAAUCCUGAGCCUGGCCAUGAAAACCGUGGUGAUUGCUGUGAUGACGAGGAAGAAGAAGAAGAUUGACAUGGUGGAUGCCUGAAGGAUGUGCUUUUUCUCGACGCCACUACUUUAUGAAAUGUUGCUUUUUUUAUCUUUUUAUUUGCUGUGAAGAAUAAUACGCACGUUAAUCUCUGGUUUUGGAGAUUUCAGUGUUAGCAAUGGAACGCAUUGUAAUAAUAAAAUUAUACUUGUUUUUGACGUUU